AUUCUGGGAAGUGAAGUCCACUUGGGUAAAAACACGGUGGUUACAAAACUCGUAAAGAAAUGCUCAUGUAACUGGUUGAAUAAGAGAAGACCACUUGGAUACGUGUCAGAAUCCAGUCUGUGCAUGCUUUAUACCUUCGUGAGCACGUUUUGUGUGACGGCACCCAAAGGACCUUUGAAGUGUUCUCGUCGUCCUCUGAAUACACAUUUCCACCUGUUUCAUUCACUUCGUUGCAAACCUAUCAUGUCGCAAAAGCGCAAGGCUACCACUGAUGCUGGCGCCGAGAAGCCCAGCAAGAAACCUAACUUGACCUUCGAGAAAAAAGCAGACGGCUGGCUACAGGAGCAAGUGCUGCAGCAGAGGGCCGCGAAGAAGGAAAUGAAAUUCAACAAAAAACGCCUCCGAUUUCUCACCGAUACCCAAAAACUAAAACAAGGCGCAGAGGGCGUUCUGUACUGGAUGAACAGAGACCAGAGGAUCCAAGAUAACUGGGCUCUGAUCCACGCACAGCGGCUGGCUCUGAAGGAAGCGCUCCCUCUGCACGUCUGUUUCUGCCUGGUGGUGCCUAAAUCCAAACUUUCCACUUACAGGCAUUUCAGCUUCUUGUUAAAAGGCCUCGAGGAGGUUUCACAGGAGCUUAAAACUUUAGGUGUUGAGUUCCACCUCCUACAUGGUCCACCUGGAGACGUCCUGCCUGGUUUUGUGUCCGAUCGCAGUCUGGGAGUUGUGGUGACAGACUUCUCCCCUCUCCGUGAACCUCUGCAGUGGCUGGAAGAUGUCAAAAAGAAGCUCCCAAAAGACAUUCCUUUUAUACAGGUUGACGCGCAUAACAUAGUGCCAUGUUGGGAGGCAUCCCCAAAGUUGGAGUAUGCUGCUCGAACCAUUAGAGGAAAGAUUAACAAGGUUUUGUCAGAAUUCCUCACAGAAUUUCCUUUAGUCGAGAAACAUCCCCACACAGCGACCAGAACAGCCAAACAGGUGGACUGGGUCAAAGAGCUGGAGUCUCUGCAAGUGGACAAGACGGUGGGAGAGACGGAGUGGGCUAAACCUGGUAUGAAGGCAGGGAUGGCCAUGCUGGAGUCCUUCAUUGAUGUUCGUCUCAAACUGUUCGCAGCCCAGCGCAAUGACCCCAACGCAGCUGCGCUGAGCCAGCUCUCUCCCUGGAUACGGUUCGGUCAAAUUUCUGCACAGCGUGUGGCACUGCAAGUCAAGAAGAAAGGUGGGGAGUCGGCUGCUCCGUUCAUUGAGGAGCUGGUGGUCCGCAGAGAGCUCACGGACAACUUCUGCUACUACAACAAGAAGUAUGACAGUGUUGAGGGGGCAUAUGAGUGGGCUCAGAAGACACUUAAAGAUCACGCCAAAGACAAGCGACCAUACGUGUACACAAGGGAUCAGCUGGAGAAGGCCAAAACACAUGACAAACUUUGGAACGGAGCUCAGUUCCAAAUGGUCUCUGAGGGAAAGAUGCAUGGCUUCUUGCGCAUGUAUUGGGCCAAAAAGAUCUUGGAAUGGACGAGUUCACCAGGGGAGGCACUCUCUAUCGCCCUGUACCUGAACGACCGCUAUUCUCUAGAUGGCCAAGACCCUAACGGGUUUGUUGGUUGUAUGUGGUCUAUUUGUGGCAUUCAUGACCAGGGCUGGGCUGAGAGACCUAUUUUUGGGAAGAUUCGUUACAUGAACUACAAAGGUUGCCAGCGGAAGUUUGACGUGGCCCGUUUUGAGAAAAAGUACUGCCCUAAAGACCUAUAAGUAUGAAGGGAUUUCACUGAAGAAGUGCAUUUUGGCCUCUCUCCACACUGCUCUGGGCAUGUUCUCUUUUAUUGUGUGAUGUUGCUUGCUGUGUUCAAAGGAUUUGUUACAUUACUUUUUACAUUGCCUUGUUUUUAUGGUUUUAUUAAGGAAUAUACUCACCCAGUGGUCUUGAAAUUGUACUGUAAACAAACUCUGCAAAAAUAUUUUCAAAACAUGCCAAGGCUCUUUGAAAUCAUACUAGGAGAACGUAGUUACACGAGUGAGAUUGUAGUCUUGUGACUCACGUGCGACUAAAACCAGGGCUACAGCCAAGGAUAAAUCUUGCCUCAACCACUUUUCAUUUAGGAAAGUGUAGACUAAUUGUGACUGCAUUUGUUGAUAGCAAUGCAUUUGUGCUUAUGCAGCUCUACUGUUAAAAACAUCAGCUGUGCACUGUAGCAUUUGCAUGCAGUAACUGACUAUGGUUUGACUAUUGUUUACAAAAAUAGUUUUAUGCCUUGUUUAGUUUUUCUUUAAAAUGUUUUUGCUUCUGUUUUUAUUUCCUUUUUUUCAUCUAAACACAGGGACUGUCUCAGGGACUACAUACUGUACUUGCUUUUGUAACGUGGCAUGAUGUGUCUUAAUUAAGGACCAAAGCAAAAAAUGCAAAAA